UUGUGUCAGUUUAACUGCUGUAUUUCAUUUGCUCUUGUUCGCGUGCACCCAAGGUGUCUUGUUUUCUCUUCUCUAACAAAGAAAGACGGACAGCUCAACUUCUCCAGAUCUAUCUGUGUAUGAUUGUCAACCUUGUUGCCUGCUUACACCCCAGUGGCUGGUGGGGUUUGUGUGGGGGUGAAUGAAUCUCAGGGGCAGAUGGCCCUCAGCGUGUAGUUUAGAAAAGAAGCCAUUAGGCUGGUGUAUAUGGGAGACUGGACAACCAAGCAAAACAGAAGUAAGGUGAAGCGACCAGAACUAUGGGAUGCUGCAGCGUGACCCAGAGGCACAUGGGAACUGAUGAAGUGGGGCCUGAUGAGAUUGAAUUGAUGGAAGUCAACAAUGCUGGGCUGUGGAGUCUUUCUGAAAGCAGGCUGCAGGUUUCCAUAAGAAAUGAUACAGAUGAAGGUCAUCGUCGCUGUCCUUCUGUGAAGCACCCGACGCAGGAGAAGUCAGAUCCUGUAUGUGCACAAGAGCUGAAACAGCCCUCCAAUUCACAAUUGGUGCUUUGGGGAUGGACAAAAGAUGAGCUGCAUCAUAGACUGUACACUAAACCAAUCAGAGAAUGGGAAGGGCGGGCACCGCACACCUAUGGAGACAUUAUCUAUUCCUCUUCUGUGUAUUUACACAGUGGAUACACAAAGGCUAUGAGUGAAAGAUAUCUGGUUUUAUUUUCCUUCCAUUUGUUAAUUCUGGCUUUGGACAGCUCUGAUCAUGAUUUUAUUUAUGAGGGCAUUCUUCCUCUUUCUGCCAUUGAGGUGCAUCUGAUAUCUCAGCAGGACCCCGGCUCACCACAUAUGUUUGAGAUUAGGGGACCUAUGGUGGACCCAAAGAUCUUUAUUUGUCCUAGUGCUGCAGAAACCAAAAAUUGGAUGCAGAACAUUGAGGACCGGAGACACAAAAGCAUGAGGCAGCAGCUGAGCCCCUCCCACAGUGCUCUUUCAUAUCUGAUGCCUUGUAAUGAGAGCUGGAAGAGGGAGGAGCUUAAAAGAUACUUACUGCGGUCUCCAAUCUUGCAAUGGGAAGGGACUCCCAUUCAACACAUGGGCUCUCCAAAAUAUAUUUCACUGGUGCACAUCAGCAGCGUAUACUCAAAGGAACGCGUCCUGAAAGGACCUCAGGAACGUCUGCUGAUGCUGUUUCCAUUUGACCUGCUCAUUCUGUCUGUUGACUGUCACCGUGUCCGUGUGAAAUACGAGGGUCGGUUACCACUAAGAAGCAUCAAGGCGAUGGAGAGGUCUGCUCUACCUGGCAGACUGGAAUUUGUACUCAAAGGUGAACUGAUUGAGCCUCUUCUAGUCUCUUGUUCUCACCCUGAGGAUUAUCAAAGCUGGAUCUUCCAGUUGCAACAGCCUGAUAAAGUGACAGAUUCGUUGCCACAUCACACCCCUCCUCUCAUACCGAAAAAGCGCAGAAGCUGAGGAAAAUGUGAAGAAUGGGAAAUUGAUGCGUUUUUGACGCAUCAAAAACGCUCCUAUUAUUCAUUGACAGACAAUUGUGUACUACUGUGUAUUGCGAAUUUCAGAACAGUUUGUGAGAAUUGCAGAAAGAUCUUUUAUAGUUAGAAAACUGUUCAGAUACUUCUGUUAGAGAAUAUUUAAUACAGUAGUAAGCUACUUCAUGUACUGAAUGAGUACAUACCUCAGACAUGCACACAUACUGUAAGUAAAAAGCAUUGUAUGAAAUUAAUGCAGAAUGUUGAAGUGUGAUGUAAUAAAUGACUUGAAUUAGAAACGCAUGCCUGGGCUAGGAGGGCUCUCUUAUAUAUCACCUGCAGCAUCUUUUUACAUCUCCUGGAAACUAUUGAAGGUUCUUCAAGGUAGAUCUUCCAACACCUCUUUAAGGAGUUGAAAUAAAAAGUGACAUUUACUGUUCAACAGCAUCUUUGAAAUAUCUGUGAUUUGCUUCCAAUGUGCCAAUUGUAAGAUUUUAGGUUCACUGUGAAGAUGUUCAGAGCCUAGGACUAACGUGUUGUACUCAAUUUUCUGCACAGCUUUUUUUUGUAAAAACAAAGCACGCAAUGCUGUAUUAAUAUGAAGGAAUUUACACAUUUUUACUUCUGUUUCACCUGUGUUUUAAAUUUUGCAUUGCGUUGUGUAUUCAUAGAAAUAUCUGUAAAAUAACACACUGUGAAAAUUAC